UUAACCUAAGGAUGACCUUUGCAAUUACCUUUCUUCUAUGUUGAUAUGACCUCAAAAGCCCUCCUUAAACCCUCGAAACAACACCUCUCAUAAGCCCCAAUACCCCAAAAUUAGCUACAUGCAUUUCCUCCUCCGUCGAACUCAGCACCACCAGCGUCAACAAUGGCGAACACUAUUCGACGAUGCCCUUUCCCUCAAACACGUCCGAGACCGUGGCCUCGACCACGCUGUCGAAAGAGAAAAGAACCUCAAACCCCUUCUCAACAUCAAGAACCUCAUCAAAUCUGAACCCUCGAAAUCCAUCCCCUUAAACAUUAUUACACAAUCCAAAGACUCCCUUCAAAUCCCAAUUCGGCCCGUCGAGUUUAUCCGAAAAUACCCUUCAAUUUUUCAAGAGUUUUUCCCAGCUAGCAUUAACAUACACCCUCAUAUCAAGUUAACACCAGAAAUUCUCAGUCUUGAUUCAGAUGAAGAGUUGUUUUACCAAAGUGUGAGUUACAAAGAAGAUGUUGCUGAUAGGAUCUUGAAGCUUUUGAUGAUAGGUAAAACUAAUAAAAUUCCAUUACAUGUUAUUGAUAAGCUUAAAUGGGAUUUGGGUUUAUGUGAUAGUUAUGCGAAGACUUUAGUACCAGAAUAUCCUGAUUAUUUUCAGGUUAAUAAUAAUGAGUUGGUGUUGGAGUUAGUUUGUUGGAGUCAUGAACUUGCUGUUUCCUUUAUGCAAAAAAAAGCAAUGAAGAGUGAAAAUGAUCAGGAUUUGUUAGUUAAUAAGUUUGCUUUGAAGUAUUCGAAUGGGUUUGAGGUGGAUAAGAAGUACAAGAAAUGGAUUGAUGAGUGGCAGAAGUUGCCUUAUAUUUCGCCGUAUGAGAAUGCAAUGCAUCUUCCUGCAAAGAGUGAUGAGGCUGAUAAGUGGGCAGUGGCAAUUUUACAUGAAAUUCUUAAUCUUUGUGUUGGGAAGAAGGCGGAGAGAGAUAAUCUCCUUUUGAUAGGAGAGUGUUUGGGACUUCGUUCUAGGUUUAAGAGGGCGCUAAUGUUGCAUCCCGGCAUAUUCUACGUGUCGAGUAAGAUUGGCACACAUACUGUGGUAUUGAAGGAGGGUUAUAAAAGGGGAAUGUUGAUUCAGAGGAGCCCGUUGAUGGAAAUGAGGUAUAAGUUUGUUCAUCUCAUGAACAAGGUGACUGAGGAUAAAAAACAAAAAGAUACACAGCAAAAAGGUAGUCAUGAUCAGAAUGAAGGUGAUGAAAAGGAACCUCACGAUGAUAUGGAAGAAGAAGAAGAAGAAGAAGAAGAUGAUGAGGAUGAUGAGGACUCUGAUGAUGUGUAUAAUGACUACAAUGAUGAUGAGAUGGACAAUGAGGCUAGAGAUGUGAAGCGUAACCGGAGAUUGAACUUGAGGACAAGAGUUGAUGAUCAGAAGCUUUCAGCAAACUCACCACGGACGUCAAGAAAUCGAAACAAAGUUGUGGAAAGAACCUCUAGAAGAUCGUCCUGGAGAGCAGAUAAUAAUGAUGAUGACACGGACAAUGAGGCUAGAGAUGUGAAGCCUAGCCGAAGAUUAAACUUGAGUACAAGAGUUGAUGAUAGGAAGCAUUCAGCAACCUCGCCGAGGGCGUUCUCUGGAAGAAAUCGAAACAGAGAUGUGGAAAGAACAUCAAGAAGAUCAUCUUGGAGAGCAGAAAAUAAUAGUGAGCAAGAUGCUCCAACAAGAUAUGAGGACAGAAAGCUUCCAAUAAGAUCAUUGAGGACUUCGUCUGGACGAAGUUCCGAUAGGGCCGAAGAAAGAACCUCAAGAUCUUCUAGGAGGCCGGAAAUUAAUGAUAAUCGAUAUGCUCACCAAAGAUCAAAUAACAAGUUAGAUCUUCAUAGAAACCGGGGAAGAUCUGAACAAAGGAGGGCUUUCACACCAUGAAAAGUUUUUCUCUCUGCGAAGGCAGUGCAGCAAUAGGUUUGCUUUUGAUUGUUUGAGGUUUGUCAGUUGUCAUAUAUGCUGCUCUAAGGCUGUAACAACAUAUUGCAGAAUCUUGCCCUAUCCAAUUUUGAUAAUUUAAGCUGAUUUUCCUGUGUGGUUCUUAAUUAAAUGAUGCAUAUAGACUUUAUUAUCAUGUAUUAGUUGCGAUUUAGCAUGUAAUUUAUGAUGUGCCACCUGCUGAUUUUGCUUGC